UGUCACGGGGCGACAACGGCGCGGCAACGGAGCGAGCCCUCCACAAUGGUGGAUAACAGUUGCAUUAUCGAGGGAAACGUCAAGUUUCGCGACGGCAAGAAGUGGAAAUCAAGAUGGUGCGUUAUGCGGAAAUUAUCGCCAGUAGCAGAUUGCUUGCAUUUGCAACUUUACGGGGACAGUAAGGAUCGUUACAAGCAAGGCCAAACAAAAGCGUCCCUAAGCUUGCAACACUUUCUGGGAGUGGAGAGUGGUUUCACACUAGACAAAGAAUCCAAUACGAUUGCUAUAAUUUGUCAAGACGUGACAGUCGUUCUCGCAUUCGAUACGCGAGAGCGAUUGAUACAGUGGCAAGUUAAGAUCUCCAACAAUUUAGGCGAAGAUCAGCAAUUUUUGAUACUCAUCUCUUCGGUGCCAUCUAAGGCGAAGUGCACUAACGGGCCGGCGCACUUGCAUAUUCAGGACCGUCGCUUCUGCAUCACCGUCGGCGUGCCUCCCCGGCUCGUCGGUAUCUGGGAAAUCGCGCAUCUCCGACGAUACGGCGUGGUCGAAGGCAGAUUUUGCUUCGAGGGCGGUUCGAGAUGCGGCCGGGGGGAGGGACUGCACGUUCUAAUAACCGAUCAGGGGGACGACAUAGUCAAGACGUUGCAGCUGGCGGCCGAGGGAAAGCUCACUACGAAGAAGCGAUCGCCGCUCGGUAGAGAACAAUUGCAGGACAGCCCGGGACGACAGCGCCAGUGCUCCCGCGCCGAGACCAGAGCCAGCGAUUUCUUCUCGUCGGCCGUGUACUCGGCGUCGACGUACGAGGAGCACUGCGACAGCUGCAAAAAUGAGAGCUCGCCGUACUGGUCGUCCGCGGAGAGCAGGCAGCAAACGGAGCUCGACGGCGAUUACAGCUGCAGAGACACGAUGUCCAUUUCGGAGCUGCCCGAUCAGCAGCCCGGCGGCGAGUGGCGUAGCUGCUCGCUCACACGUCAGGGUGCGACGGGCCUCGAGAGAUGCGCGAGUUGCAUCAGCAAACUCGGCACCGUCUCGAAGUCAUCGACUCUGAUCACCACGGCCACUAUAAGCGGCAUAAGCAGCCCCGCCGCGAGCACGUUGAACAAUCUGUGCCACCUGCAGCCCCGUACCUUCGACCGGCUCUCCCUGUCCUCCUACAGCAGCAGCAGCCACGAGAGCGAUUACUCGAGCUCGCAGCAGAUCGAGUGCCAGUGCGCGCAGUCGAAAACCGCCCAGUCUCAGACGGCGCAGACGACGGCUCGUCAAAUGUCACCGAGUCCGAGCACGUUGCCGCCGAGACCGCCGAAACCGUCCCAACCGCCCUCGCUGCCGGCGGCAACCAGCCAGUCCGUCACCGCCAAGAAGCCUAAGAAACCGCCGAUGCCGCUGCCCGCCGAGCAGCAAAUUUGCGUGCACACUCGAAAACCCCAACAGUCCCAGCAGACUCAGCAACAAUCUCAACCGCAAUCCCAACAGCAGUCCCAGCAAUCCGCGGCUCGCGGCGCUGCGGGACCUUACGAGAACUACGAUAUUCCCAAAACGAUUCUGGGGCAUCACAUGCUGUUGGAGCAAGGUCCGCAACCGGAACAGUAUUACGACACGCCGAGGAAGAUAAAGGAAUGCCUCACACUGCCGAAAACCUAUCCUAAUUACGACACGCCUCAGAUGCCGCAGGCUGUGGUCCUACAAGGAUGCGGAUGUCCUGCGAAGCUCACAGUGCAGUCACCCAGAUCCUCGGGAUGUCCCUGUCACAAUGUUAUGAGCUGGGCCGGCUUUGUUCUGCCUUACUGCCGACGCGGCGCGGGAAUCGAACCUACCGGCGUCACGGUUCAUCCGGUGAAGCUCUCGGGCGAGGGCAAGAUGCCGGUGGUAAAUGCCAGCGGAGAGGUUUCCAUUUACGCAACGGCCAGAAGGGUGAAUAAAAGUGAAUCGACCGACGAGAAAUCGGCUACGGAGAACUGCGGCUGCGCCGCGGAAGGUAAAUCGAACAAUUACGAGAACGUCGAGCCGGUGAUAAAUACGCAGCCGGAAGCGAAGCAGGCGAAUUACGUGAAUAUCGAUUUCACGCAAUCGCUGGAGCACUACGAGAACAGCAAGGACGUUUUAACGAAGAGCAGCAUCUCGCAGGAGGAGAUCGAGAAGUUCGCGGAUCAGUUGAAAGAACCCGAAGCGCCCGAGGCGCCGAGCGACAACAAUGCUUCGAAGAUUUGCGAGAAGUGCGGUCACGCGAAGGAGAAGGAGAACGAUUACUUGGUCAUGGAUCCGGACAAGCAGAGAAGCCCGAAGAAGCCAUUCCCCGCUUACUUGCCGAUGCAGCCGGUUCACAACGCUUGCUCGAAGGAGAUACUGUCGAGGCUCUGCAGCGGCAUCAAGAGCUCGAGCAAUCCGACGUUGUCGGGUUCCACGUUGCUCGAGGUGAACAAGAAGCGUUCCGACUCGGAGUACCGUGUGCCAGGAUCGGCGAUGCUGUCCAGCCCCUAUCUCAGACGUCGUUAUCUGGACGUGGGUAACGUCGCGGAGUCCAGCGCUAGCAUAGGCAUACUUCUCAGGAAACGAUCCUACUCCGCGGAGUCCGCGCAUUACCUGGACGACGAGAGCCACACUUUUCCGUCCACGCUUACCAUCCACAAGUGCUCGAGCGAAGCGGAUAAGAACUCUCUGGUGACCGGCGAGCCGCACAACACGCACAGCGCCAACUCCGAAAGCAAGAUCGGCGGUAAUCACGAGACCGGGCAAGUGUCGUUGACGGCCACGUCGUCUCAGCCGUCGUCGUUCAUCAAGAUCCGACGAUCGUCGUCCGUGCCAUCCAAGACCGGGCAUAACAGAGACUCGUCGAGCAGCAACGACUCCGGCGUCUCCACCGGCUCGUUGAGCCACCGAACGGCGGAGUUCGUGGAGUUCGAGUUGUCACUGGCGGCGCCCGCCGCCUCGGCGGCGAAGCAGCAGAACAUACUGUCGGUCUGUCGCAAGAGCCCACCGCCCACGUGCUAUCACAGCAGCCUGCCGAGGAAGUCGAAGUCCAGCGAUCCUCUUCGUGAAAUCUCCUUCCAGUUCCAGAAGAUCAAGAUACCAACGAAAUCUUCAUCCGCCGAGGCCGACAUACCCACGUGUUUGCCGAAGACCACCAAAGGCUUCAACAGCCCCGGCGAAGUUUCCAAUGCACCUUAUAUCGAUUCACGAAGUACCAGCAGCGGUACUUCCGACAUGUCAGAUUACAUCGAAACUUUGUCGCUGUCCUCGCACUCUUCGUCUGACACGCCUGACAGCCUCAGAUUAGGAGGCAGAACGGUAGCAACGACUCUUCGACCUCGUAGCGGGAAGGAAUACUAUAAAAUUGAUCGGAGUAUCUUGGUGGAACAGGGACGGAUUCUCACAACGGCGUCUGCUAAUUAUGCAAAUAUCACUCCAGUGUUAGAAAAGAGCGAGUCGCCGUCACCUGGUUACAUGAGUAGUUCACCCUUUGAGCAACCACAACCCACUCGUGAGCAUUUUCUAUUCCCCGAAGAAGCUUGAAAAUAUUGUUUGGGAAGAAGAGUUAAAAACUUGAAGUUCCUAGGAAUUCCAAACAAAAUGGGUAAGAGUAUUCACGGUAGAAAUUAUAAUUGGGGCAUUGUGACUAUAUUUACACUAUACGCGGUUAUCUGGGAUUACAAGCACACUUUCAGAAGUAUAUAUCAUUUGACACAUACCAAUAUAUACGUAGUAUAGUACGCCAAAUAAUCAAAAGUUUGUAAUUCUUAAGGAUACGAAAGCGCUCUUUAACGAAACGUUUUUUCGGACGUUUGUUUCAUUGAUAUUUUCGUAAAGUCUUCCUCUAAAGAGCACAAUCAUAAUCUAAAAAAAAAAUGUAAAAAAAAGGAAACACCCAUCUACUAAAAAUCUAGAUACUAGCGUAUAGUCGAAAUAACGUCAGUAAUCAAACACUUCCUACAACGACUCAAACAAUUUCUAAAAUAUGCUCAAUAAGAAACUAAUAGUUUGUAUAGUAAGAAUCCUGCCCUAGGGUAAAAGAUGUGUAUCUUGUACUUUAUAUGGGUAUAUCGUUUUUUAAAUACUUUCUUAUUUUGUAUGAGUAUACUUCUAUAUAGACUAUUGUACAGCCAUCUUUGAACAAAAAAUUGAAUGAGAUUAAUAACUCUUAGAAUUUCAAAUCAGAGUUCUUAAAAUUUUGUGGAUCAAUGAAUUAAGGCGUAACAAAAAAAAAAAUUGUAUUAGACGUCCCUCUUCAAUUUUACAAUUUGAAAACAUUGAAAGAUCAUAUCUCUUUUUGGACUUUAGGCACUCAAAUUGGAAGUGUAUAAAACAUCAGGGUUGGAUCCAGUGUGACAAAGUUGCAAAGCAAUUGAAAAUAUUGCAUCGAUUAUCUAUACUCUAUGAAAUUUUAAGAAUUCAUAUUUGGAGAAUUACCAUUAGUGACCAUUUGUUUGUACUUUAAAGAAAAUAUCUAUCCACAUUCUGUACAACCAAAAAAGAUGCACUGAACGUAGUCAGUUGCAUAACAUUCACAGGGUUUUCAUACUUACAAGUUACUUUUUAAAGAUUAAGAUAAAGUGUUACAGCCUU